AUGGGCGUCUUCAGCAAUAGUACCUGCCCGCUGCCAAAAGACGAUGUCAACCGCCCAAACACAGAAGAGCCUAUCAUGGGCGACAUCCACUUUCAACGUCUUCUUUUCUAUAUCGCUGGCGGUUUCAGCGCAAUCACCAUCAUUCUGUGUCUGUUCCUUGCCGUCUCCCACCUGGCCUGCUACGUGCGGCCACGAGAACAGCGUCAGAUCAUUCGGAUCGCCUUCUACCCGGUCGUCUACUCGCUUCUAUGCUGCUUCUCCAUCCUCGACUACCCAGCAUCGCGGUACCUGCUGCCCGCCACAUCCUUCUACGAGCCUGUUGCAUUGAUGGGCAUUUUCUUCCUCUUCGUCGAAUUUGCCCACGAUGACCCCAGCACUCGAGACGACUACUUCAGCCAGCUCGAGCAUAAGCGCAAGACUGGAAGCCGGUUCAAGAAGGGUGGCUGGGUGACCGUUCCUGGUGGGAGUCUUCGGUGGUACCACGCCAAAUGGGUUGCUGUGUAUUUCUAUUUCUUAGUUACCAUCAUCAUGACCGUUGUCGAGCUCACCACCCAAGCCGCGGGACGGUACUGCGAAUGGUCAUUCAGUCCAGCGUUCGCCCAUUUCUGGGUCGUCAUCAUCCAGAACAUCGUCCUGCCCAUCGGCGUGCUUGCAGUGGUUCAGUUCUAUAUUCGCCUCAGUUUUGAACCGCACGUCAAAGCACACCGUCCAACACUGAAGAUCCUAGCCUUCAAGGGCAUCCUUCUGCUGAACUUUGUCCAGGAAAUUGUGUUCCAAAUCUUGAUCGGUGCAAAUGUCUUCAAGAACCACCCCAAGAUCACCAUCCAAGACCAAGCCAUUGGCAUUCAGCAAUGCCUCGUCUGUCUGGACAUGAUGCUCGUUGCAAUCGCCUAUCAAUUCUCAUAUCAAGCUUCAGAAUACCGCGUUAUCCAACGUCAAGCUGGAGGCCGACCAAUGAACAUCUUCCAAGCCGCUGCAAACGCCCUCAAUCCAUCCGACCUCGUUGUGGGUGCGGCAUACACAUUCCACCUGGUGGCGUCCGGCGUUGGGCCUGUGGGGAACGGCAGCUGGCGCCGCAGCGGCGGGUACGAGAAGAUGCGAGGAAGUGGCAGCGGUGCGGCUGGCUUCAACGACAUUGCCGGACACACGAGGAACAGCGAGGACGUGCGUAUGGGUCGACUGCAGUACCAGCGUGCCCCGAGCACUGCAUAUCAGAACACACCGCCAGCGUACGACGACGCCCGGCCUUUGCGAUCCAGCAGCCCCUACGGCUACACGAACCCGCAGCGCUCCCCCACCCGCUCUCCAAGCCCCGACAGCCGCUUCUACAAGCCCGAAACCCAGCCAUACUCGACCCUGGGCGACAAUACCCGCCUGCACGUCCCUAACAGCUCCCUGGACCACGGCCGGCCGUCCUACGACGCGUGA